AAAAGCUAGUUCCCACGAAGCUGCUUCUUCCUUUCCUUUCUCUCUUUCCACUUUCCCUUUUGGAUUCAGCUGAUUAAUUCCACUUGAGGAAUCAGAAUUUCCCAUAUCAGAUUUCUUGCCUGUGAACUCAACUAUGGCUUCCGCGCACGCCCUUUUAUCGUCCCCUCUGAGACUUUUCGUGGACAAAGAAAGAAACAAAGUGGUUGUGGGCGAAGCAAGUGCAGAUUUCAUAGACGCUCUCUUCAGUUUCUUAACCCUUCCUUUGGGAACCAUCGUUCGGCUUCUCUCCAACAAGCAAACGUAUCGAUCACCAGAGGUUGGCUGCAUCAACAACCUCUACCAAAGUGUCCAACAUUUCAACACACAGGUUUUGUGGAAUGGAAUCUGCAAGAAAAUGUUGCUGUGUCCGCGAAAUCCGUGCGAGAAGCUUUGCCAGAAACUAAGAUUCAAUGUGGAUGACACAGAGCCUACCAAGUAUUUUAUGUGUGGUUCCUGUAGAGGUUUAAGCGAGAAAUGGCUAAGUACUUUUGAAGGAGCGAGCUGCACAUGUGGGAAACUGAUGGAACAAGAGAUGAAGGUGGAGGGGGAUGAAGAUAAUAAUCCAAAAGGAGAUGGUGUUUUUGUUAGAGGCGAGAGUAUGUAUUUGAUCUUUGAUGAUUUGACAGUUCUUCAAAAUUCUGCACGCAACACUGUCCACCAACUUGUCCAGCUUGGCUACACAGACUUCACCAAGCUCACCGAAAUCUCUCCAAACGUUGGCUUAAACCAGAUUAUGGAAUUGUUAAAGCGUGCUUUGAUCUCAGCAUCUCCUCUCAGUGACGUAUUCUUGGCUCGAGAAGCUCGUGGAUCCAAGCCCGUGUCCUCUUUUGCACCCAGACUAGCUUCACAAGAUGUGCAUGGGGGUGAUUCUUCAUAUAAUCUCCAGAUAACAGUGAGCAAGUCGAAGAACAAAAUCCUGUAUGCUGAAGCUGAGGAAGAUUUCGCUGAUUUUCUAUUCAGCUUUCUCACCAUGCCUCUUGGAUCUAGUCUCAAGCUUUUAGAUGGCGAUGUCAAUCUGGGUUCAAUGCAUAAUCUGUAUAAAAGUGUGAAGGAUCUGAAUCCUUCAUGGUUUGGACAUUAUCGCUCUCGAUACUCUCCACUCUCUCCGUUACUGGAUCUAAAGGUGGCUUCUCAAUAUGGCUGUAAGAAACAGCGAUUAGAUGUCGUUGAAGAAAAUAGACCUGCAUACUACUAUGGCACAGGUGUGUAUCGAAAUAACACUUGCUAUUUAAGCAAUAAUGGAGUGAUUUCGAAAGACCCUUUUAAGAUACAGAGUUCAUCGUCGCUGAUGUUAUAUGACCCAAGAUCUGGUGAUGGAAGGAGAGGAUCUGUGGGAUUUGUUAGGAGACCAGCCCUUUUUGCUGUGAUGGAUGAUCUUCAAGUCACGCCAUUGACCUCUACUUCAAGCAUUUCUUUUCUGCAGAAAUUGAAGGUCCCCCUGAACGAUUUGGAAGAGCAUAAGGUGACAAUUCACAAGAAUGAGGCACUGAAUCUGCUGGGAGCAUCUUUGACAUCCAAAGCUGCAUUGACUAAUGGGCUUUUCUACCUGGUGAAGAAGCAAAAAGAAGAAGCCACAACCUGAACAUUUUGUAUCUGGUUAAAAGGGAAGGGGCAUGCUAGAGAUUUUGUCAUAUAUUUAAUUUGGAUGUUUAAAAUUUAUGCUAGUUUUUGUAAACUUAAAAGAGUGAAACAAUUGUGCGCAAGUGAUGGAAUAUUAUUAAUAAAUAAUAUAUCGAAAAAGGAGUCGGAUCAAAGUCUUACCA